AUGUCUGACACGGAGAUCGUAGCCAGUGAUAGUGUUGCCUCCCCUGCUAGGCUGAUCGACCCACUCGUCUUCAACAUCGCCAUUCUCGUGGUCAGCAGCAUCUGCACCACGUUGAUGUGUCUAUUUGGCACGGCCACGAAUAUCGUCAACAUCCUUCUGUUCCGGAAACAGGGAUACCGAGAUGGCGUGAACGUGACAUUAACGGCGUUGGCCGUCAGUGAUCUGGGCGCUGUGAUAUUCGAACUAGUGUAUUCCACUAUCUGGAACCCGUACAUACUGGAAGCUGAUCUGGAGGUUUCUAAAAUGGCCAUCAAGUAUAUAACAGGUUACGGCCACGAGUAUUUCACGAGAGUCAGCAGUGUGAUCACAGCUUUCGCCGCUUUGGAGAGAUGCCUCUGCGUGACGCGGCCCCUGAAGGUCAAGGCCAUGAUCACGACAAAAGUCGCCAUCGCGGUGAACUCGAGUAUAUUUAUCCUCUACUGCGGCUACUUUUUCCCUCAGUUUUACACCAUGGAUUUCGCUUGGACGUUCCUCCCGGAACGAAACAGGACCGUCUAUGUUGUCCUCUUCACAAGCCGUAACGACAGCAUGUUUCCGAUCAGUUUGUACUUCACGGAUAUGCUCUUCCCAUACUGCACCUUCUUGAUGCUCAUCUCGUGCUCCGCGAUUCUCUACGUGAAGCUCAAAUCGAAAGCUAAGUGGAGGCGACUCGUUUCCGGUUCCGGCGAGAGGCUAUCCCAGGUGGCUACCAAGGAACGGAAGUCCGGCCUCUUGUUCAUGUCUGUUUCGCUCAUGUGCGUAGUGUUCCUUCUUCCUGCGUAUCUCCUAUUCACCGCCAUUAUAUUCGUCAAGUCCAUGGCACUGAAUGGUUACCUCAGCGAUAUAAGCUUUUUAAUAAGUGCUUUUACUGGGCUACUCAAGACUGCCAACUCUAGUUUUACGAUCCUGAUCUACUAUAACCAGAGCACAAAAUAUAGGCUGGAGUUUCAGAAAUUGGUAGAAAAACUGAAAAGUGUCGUUAAGAUGAGGCAGGCAGAGACUAGCGAAACGCAAAAUAUUAGCUCUAGAUCUCUUAAGUGA